UAAUGGUUUCUAUCCCCGAAUACUAUGAAGGAAAGAAUAUCCUCUUGACAGGAGCUACAGGCUUCAUGGGAAAAGUGCUUCUGGAAAAGCUGCUCAGAUCUUGUCCUAAAGUGAAAGCAGUGUAUGUAUUGGUAAGACAAAAAGCAGGGCAGACACCUGAAGCACGAAUAGAAGAAAUUACCAGCUGUAAGCUCUUUGACAGGUUGAGAGAUGAGCAACCGGACUUCAGAGAAAAAAUAAAUGUAAUUACGAGUGAACUUACCCAGCCUGGACUGAACCUUAGCGAACCAAUCAAGGAAAAACUUACAGAAUGCAUUAACAUCAUAUUUCAUUGUGCUGCUACAGUCAGAUUCAAUGAAACACUAAGAGAUGCUGUUCAGUUAAACGUGACUGCCACACAACAGCUCCUCCUCUUGGCACAGCAAAUGAAGAAUCUGGAAGUGUUCAUGCAUGUUUCGACAGCCUAUGCAUAUUGCAAUCGGAAACAUAUUGAGGAAGUAGUUUAUCCGCCUCCUGUUGAUCCCAGGAAAUUGAUAGAUUCUCUUGAGUGGAUGGAUGAUGGCCUAGUGAAUGAUAUUACUCCUAAACUGAUAGGCGACAGACCUAAUACUUACGUAUAUACAAAAGCCUUAGCCGAAUAUAUAGUACAACAAGAAGGUGCAAAAUUAAACACAGCCAUUAUAAGGCCAUCUAUUGUUGGUGCUAGCUGGAAGGAGCCUUUCCCUGGAUGGAUUGAUAACUUCAAUGGACCUAGUGGUCUCUUCAUUGCUGCAGGAAAAGGAAUUCUUCGAACAAUGAGGGCUUCCAACAAUGCAGUAGCAGAUCUUGUUCCCGUAGAUGUUGUUGUCAACACAACGCUGGCUGCAGCCUGGUAUUCUGGAAUUAAUAGACCAAGAAAUGUCAUGGUAUAUAACUGCACAACAGGUGGCACCAAUCCUUUCCACUGGGGUGAAGUUGAAUACCAUGUAAUUUCUACUUUCAAGAGGAAUCCUCUCGAACAGGCCUUCAGACGGCCCAAUGUAAAUCUAACUUCCAAUCACCUUUUAUAUCAUUACUGGAUUGCUGUAAGCCAUAAGGCCCCAGCAUUCCUGUAUGAUAUCUACCUCAGGAUUACUGGAAGAAACCCAAGGAUGAUGAAAACAAUAACACGUCUUCAUAAGGCCAUGAUGUUGUUAGAAUACUUUACAAGCAAUUCUUGGAUCUGGAAUACUGAAAAUAUGACAAUGCUACUGAACAAGCUAAACCCUGAAGACAAAAAGAUGUUUAAUUUUGAUGUUCGACAACUACAUUGGGCAGAAUACAUGGAAAAUUACUGCAUGGGAACGAAGAAAUAUGUGCUGAAUGAAGAAAUGUCUGGCCUCCCUGCAGCUAGGAAACACUUGAAUAAGUUAAGGAAUAUACGCUAUGGCUUCAAUACAGUUCUUGUGAUCCUGAUCUGGCGUAUCUUCAUUGCAAGAUCACAAAUGGCAAGAAAUAUCUGGUACUUUGUGGUUAGUCUGUGUUACAAGUUCCUCUCCUACUUCAGAGCCUCCAGUACUAUGAGAUACUGAAGAAAACUUAGAGAUACUGAAGAAAACUUAGCAUUAGGACAUCUAUGCAUCUGGUGGUCUAACUGCACACAGCCUGUAACAUGUAGUCAUCUCACACUUUGUAAAAGCAUAACUUCAUCUUAAAUUGGAGUGCGAAAUAUACAGUAUGGUAUAUGUAAUGUUAGUUGUGUAUCUUCCUGGAAAAAGAGAAAAUAGAAUGUUCAAGUGCCAGGUUGAAUUGGCAUUAGACAAGCAUUUAAAUAACUUUAACUUUUUGGCCUGGGGAAAACAUUUUAGACCACUGACCAAUGUAACUGUGCAAUUUGGAACGUGUUUGAUUUGAAAUCUGC